AUGUCACCACACAGAUUCCUGCUCCUCUUGCUAACAGCCCAAUCCUUGGCUUCGCCCAUCGUCAAACGAACGUAUCCGAGCUUCACUUUCGAGGGCGAUGCACCUUUCUCCGUUGACGACGUGUCGUUGGCUUCAGCUUUGACUUGUCCCAAUGGCAAUCCCACAGUCGCAUCACCACCCGUACUGCUCGUGCAUGGCACUGCAACCACAGGAGAGGAAUCUUGGGGAGACAGCUAUGUUCCAGCACUCCUGGCGGACGGAUACACAGCUUGCUAUCUCACCAUCCCGGAUCGUGCAAUGAACGAUAUGCAAGUCAACGCCGAGUAUGUGGCAUACAACAUGCUCUACUUGUCAACAUUAUCUGUUGGACUGCCAAUCGAUGUCAUAUCCCACAGCCAAGGAGGCCCGGACACGCAAUGGGCUCUACAAUUCUGGCCCAGCACCAGGAACGCCGWCAAAUCUUUCGUGGCCCUCUCUCCCGACUUCGAGGGUAUCGAGCUGGGAGACAGUCUGCUUUCCAAAGUGUGUUCGACCGGAGUGUGCCAGGCAGCUGUUUGGCAGCAGAGUGCAGGAAGCAAAUACGAAAGUGCCUUGCACGCAGGUGAUUUCAAGGCUCAAGUCCCGACGACGUCAAUCUACACAGAGUUUGACGGCAUUGUGACACCCAGUGAAGGUAAUGCUCAGCUCCCUGGCGCGACAGUGAUUUCAGUCCAGAGCCUGUGUCCUCUACGACCGGAUUCCCACGUCACCAUGACCUUCUCUGCGGCAGCCUACAGCCUCGCGUUGGAUGCUCUCAACAAUGAUGGGCAAGCAAGCGUUUCACGUGUUCGGAAGGACCUUUGGAGCAUUUGUUUUCGGGUCACAGCCGAGAACAUGCGGCUUUCGUUGAUUAAGGAUAGCGCGGCUCUCCUCGAAAACCUCGUCGAGGGUUUCAUCAAGGGCACGAUGGUACAGGAGGAGCCGGCGAUCAUGUCGUAUGCUCAGUGA